AAGAUCUUCCUGUAACUGGCUAAAAAAUGGUUCCACAAGAUGACAGCACCAACCCUAACACUUUUGUGAUGGAGACUAUCUUCACUUUGACAUGAUGUGUGAAGUUUGUUAGCAUUUUUCGUUUGGUCUUUUACAGUUAUUGUGGAAGGUUACAAAUGGUGUGGGUUUUUAUCAUGAAUCGAAUGAGCUCCCAGAGCAGUUCAUACACUCAGCGCAGGCGAAUGGCUCUAGGAAUUGUCAUUCUUCUCCUCGUUGACGUGAUAUGGGUUGCCUCUUCAGAACUCACUUCUUAUGUUUUUACAAAGUACAACAAACCUUUUUUCAGUACAUUUGCAAAAACAUCCAUGUUUGUUCUAUACCUCUUGGGAUUUAUUGUUUGGAAACCGUGGAGGCAACAGUGUACUCGUGGGUUUCGUGGAAGGCAUGCAGCUUUUUUUGCAGAUGCUGAAGGUUAUUUUGCUGCUUGUACAACAGAUAACACUGUAAACAGCUCUCUGAGUGAACCGUUAUAUGUUCCUGUAAAGUUUCAUGAUUUGCCAACUGAAAAAAAUGGCAGUAAUAAUAGUGAUGCAGAGAAAACUCCCAAAAAGCCUCGUGUAAGGUUCAGUAAUAUUAUGGAGAUUCGACAACUUCCAUCGAGCCACGCAUUGGAAGCAAAGUUGUCUCGUAUGUCAUAUCCAACAAUUAAGGAGCAGGAAUCAAUAUUAAAAACUGUAGGAAAACUCACUGCGACUCAAGUAGCAAAAAUUAGCUUUUUCUUUUGCUUUGUGUGGUUCUUGGCAAAUUUCUCUUACCAAGAAGCUCUGUCAGAUACCCAGGUUGCCAUAGUUAAUAUCUUGUCUUCAACCUCUGGGCUUUUUACUUUAAUCUUAGCUGCAGUCUUUCCCAGUAACAGUGGAGAUAGGUUUACCCUGUCCAAAUUAUUAGCUGUUAUUUUAAGCAUUGGUGGCGUGGUACUUGUUAAUCUUUCUGGAUCUGAGAAAUCUGCUGGAAAAGAUACAAUAGGUUCCCUUUGGUCUCUCGUAGGAGCAAUGCUAUAUGCUGUGUACAUAGUAAUGAUAAAAAGGAAAGUGGAUAGAGAAGAUAAACUUGACAUACCCAUGUUCUUUGGUUUUGUAGGGCUGUUUAACCUGUUGCUGCUGUGGCCAGGGUUUUUCCUGCUUCACUAUACUGGGUUUGAAGCGUUUGAGUUUCCCAAUAAACUGAUAUGGAUGUGCAUUGUCAUUAAUGGCCUUAUCGGAACAGUUCUGUCAGAGUUCCUCUGGCUGUGGGGCUGCUUUCUUACCUCAUCACUGAUAGGCACACUUGCGCUAAGCCUUACAAUACCUCUGUCCAUAAUAGCUGAUAUGUGCAUGCAAAAGGUGCAGUUCUCCUGGUUAUUUUUUGCAGGGGCAGUACCUGUAUUUUUUUCUUUUUUCAUUGCAACUCUCUUAUGUCACUAUAACAACUGGGAUCCAGUGAUGGUGGGGAUCAGAAGAAUUUUUGCCUUUAUUUGUAGAAAACAUCGAAUUCAGAGAAUGCCAGAAGAAAGCGAGCAGUGUGAAAGUCUCAUUCCUAUGCAUAGUGUUUCACAAGAUGGGGAUAGUUGCUGUUCAUAGACAAAAGUUUAAAAAUGGAAUGAUGCCCAGCGAAGAGACAAUCUUCUGGAAAAGUCCCUAAGGAAUCAUGUUUCAGUGCCUAUUCUGAAUUUGUAGUAAAAAUUAAGAAGUUUCAGUUCUUUUGAAACUUUAAACUUUUCGUCUUUCUUGCUUUCAUCUGGUUUUAUAAAUGAACAAAUUUACUACAUGCCUAUCGCCAUAGGGAGUCUUAGUCCAUCUGAGCAACCAACCUGCCUUAUAACACUGAGCUGGUGAAGUUACUUGACAAAAUCAAGAAAACAAAUGCUGUUAAAUGAUUCCUUUCUUUUUUAACUCACAAUUUUGUUAAAUGCUGGACAAUAUUAUUUUUAAAAAAAUACUUUCAAAUGAGUUCUGUAAAUAAGUUUGCAGGUCAUCAAGUCUUACAGGCUUUCAGAUGAAAAGCUAAAUAGAUAUAUUACCUGUAGUAGGUACAAAUUAACUUUUUUAUGUUGUAUAAACUAUUUGCAUAUUAAUAGAAGAAAAUAGAAAAAUAAUUUAUUAAGUGCAUUCUUGUAAUUAUUGAGACAGGAUCUCUGUACAGUCCUGGAACACUACAUAUAUAUUGUCUUAUGCCAUUUUGAGAAGCCUUGUAAUGGCAAUGGGUGCCGAUGUUUAAAAAUCUUUUGUCAUCUAACAAUCUGGAGUGUUUAAAACAUUAGUGA